GUGGGAUGAGGGUGAAACUGCUAUUGCCGGCUACUCCUGUUUUCCCGCCCCAGCAUGCUGGUGCAUUUAUUUCGGGUCGGGAUUCGGGGUGGCCCAGUCCCAGGCAGGCCGCUACUGCCCCUCCGCUUCCAGACAUUCUCAGCUGUCAGUCUUCCCCAUCAGUAAACUCGUCUGGAUCUUCCAGAUCUCACCAUCCUCUCCUGGCUGGAUAACUUCUGCUUCCUACAACCAGUCCUGUCUGCCUCCAGACCACGCCCCUCUACUAUGAUCUUUUUUUUUUUGAGACAGAGUCUCACUCUGUUGCCGAGGCUAGAGUGCUGUAGCUCAGCUCACUGCAACCUUCACCUCCCAGGUUCAAGUGGUUCUCCUGCCUGAGUAGCUCAGACCACAGGCACACACCACCACACCCACCUAAUUUUUGUAUUUUUAGUAGAAACAGGGUUUCAAUAUGUUGGUCUCAAACUCCUGGCCUCAAAUGAUCCACCUACCUCAGCCUCCCAAAGUGUUGGGGUUACAGUAUGAGCCACUGCACUCUGCCAUGCUUUGAUCUUUAAAAUGCAAACCUGAUCUUGUCACACGUCAGCCUAAAAAUCACCAUGGUCCUUAUUGCUCUCUUAAGUCCAGGUGCUUGAUAAGAACUAGAAAACUGCCUCUCCCAGAGGUUGCAGCGGGCUGAGAUUGCACCGUUGCACUCCAGCCUGGGCAACAAGAGUGAAACUCCACUUAAAAAAAAAAAAAGAAAAGUAAACUGCCUCUCCCGCAAGUCUCAUGUCUCCUCUUUCUUCUUGUAGGCCAGGCUUCAGCCAUACAAUUCCUGAAACUUCUCUCCUAUCCUUUCUUACUGCAGACACCCACACUUGCUUUCCCUCAGCCUAGAGCUUUCCCAGUUUACACCCCACCCCCACCUGUGCCCAGCCUCCUCUUCCCCCCAGGCCUCACCUAGAAGGCCUUUCCUGAUUCCCUCUGAGGAGAAGGAGAGGAGCAGGGCUCCAUGCUGUCUUGUGCCUGUGAUUCCCAGUUAACUGUGAGUCUCCCACACUCAGGCAUGGCUGCUGUGAGGGGAGCGACUCUGGCUGUCAUGUUCAUCUCCAUCCUUUCCGUACCCCCGAACAGAGCACCUGCACACAGUAGUUCAGGAUGUCUAGAAUCGGUGGAGCUCGGUGGCUGAUGCCUGUAAUCCCAGCACUUUGGGAGGCCAAAGUGGGUGGAACGCCUGAGGUCAGGAGUUCGAGGCCAGCCUGGCCAACAUGGCGAAACUCCCAUCUCUACUAAAAAUAAAAAAAUUAGCCGGAUGUGGUGGCAGGCACCUGUAAUCCUAGCUACUCAGGAGGCUGAGGUAGGAGAUUCACUUGAACCUGGGAGGUUGCAGUGAGCCAAGAUAGUACCAUUGCACUCCAGCCUGGGGGACAACAGCGAGACUUGAUCACAAAAAAAAAAAAAAAAAAAGAAGAAGAGGAAGUGCUGCUUCCAGAGGGCUUGGCCAGAGCUCCGAGGGUGGACUAGUCAGUUGGAGGACAGAGCCUUGAGCCAUCCACGCCUCUUUCUCAUUACAGCUGGCCUUGGGUGCGGCACUGGUGAAUGUACAGAUCCCCCUGCUUUUGGGCCAGCUGGUAGAGAUCGUGGCCAAGUACACGAGGGACCACGUGGGGAGUUUCAUGACUGAGUCCCGGAAUCUCACCACCCACCUGCUUAUCCUCUAUGGUGUCCAGGGACUACUGACUUUCGGAUACCUGGUGCUGCUGUCCCACAUUGGCGAGCGCAUGGCGGUGGACAUGCGGAGGGCCCUCUUCAGCUCUCUGCUCCGACAAGACAUCGCCUUCUUUGAUGCCAAUAAGACAGGGCAGCUGGUGAGCCGCUUGACAACUGACGUGCAGGAGUUUAAGUCCUCCUUCAAGCUUGUCAUCUCCCAGGGGCUUCGAAGCUGCACCCAGGUGGCAGGCUGCCUGGUGUCCCUGUCCAUGCUGUCUCCACGCCUCACGCUGCUGCUGAUGGUGGCCACACCAGCCCUGAUGGGAGUGGGCAGCCUGAUGGGCUCAGGCCUCCGAAAACUGUCUCGCCAGUGUCAGGAGCAGGUUGCUAGGGCAAUGGGCGUAGCGGACGAGGCCCUGAGCAACGUUCGGACAGUGCGCGCCUUUGCCAUGGAGCCACGGGAAGAGGAGCGCUACGGGGCAGAACUGGAAGCAUGCCGCUCCCGGGCAGAGGAGCUGGGCCGGGGCAUCGCCUUGUUCCAAGGGCUUUCCAACAUCGCCUUCAACUGCAUGGUCUUGGGCACCCUGUUUAUUGGGGGCUCCCUUGUGGCCGGACAGCAGCUGACAGGGGGAGACCUCAUGUCCUUCCUGGUGGCCUCCCAGACAGUACAAAGGUCCAUGGCCAACCUCUCAAUCCUGUUUGGUCAGGUGGUCCGGGGGCUGAGUGCAGGCGCCCGGGUCUUUGAGUACAUGGCCCUGAGCCCCUGCAUCCCGCUGUCUGGGGGCCGCUGCAUCCCCAAACAGCACCUGCAUGGCACCGUCACAUUUCACAACGUCUGCUUCAGCUACCCCUGCCGCCCCGGCUUCCAGGUGCUGAAAGACUUCACCCUGACGCUGCCCCCUGGCAAGAUCGUGGCCCUUGUGGGCCAGUCUGGGGGAGGAAAGACAACCGUGGCUUCCCUGCUGGAGCGCUUCUAUGACCCCACGGCAGGCAGGGUGAUGCUGGAUGGGCAGGACCUGCGCACCCUUGACCCCUCCUGGCUCCGGGGCCAGGUCAUUGGCUUCAUCAGCCAGGAGCCGGUCCUGUUUGGGACAACCAUCAUGGAGAACAUCCGCUUUGGGAAGCCGGGAGCUUCCGAUGAAGAGGUGUACGCAGCUGCCCGGGAGGCCAAUGCCCACGAGUUCAUCACCAGCUUCCCUGAGGGCUACAACACGGUUGUCGGUGAGAGGGGCACUACCCUGUCUGGGGGCCAGAAGCAGCGCCUGGCCAUCGCCCGAGCCCUCAUCAAGCAGCCCACAGUGCUGAUACUGGACGAAGCCACCAGCGCGCUGGAUGCGGAGUCUGAGCGGGUUGUGCAGGAGGCCCUGGACCGGGCCAGUGCAGGCCGCACGGUGCUGGUCAUUGCUCACCGGCUCAGCACCGUCCGUGGGGCCCACUGCAUCGUCGUCAUGGCCGAUGGCUGCGUCUGGGAGGCUGGGACCCACGAAGAGCUCCUGAAGAAGGGCGGGCUGUACGCUGAGCUCAUCCGGAGGCAGGCCCUGGAUGCCCCGAAGACGGCGGCCCCACCAUCCAAGAAGCCAGAAGGCCCCGGAAGCUCCCAGUGCAAGUCCUGAGAAGAGCCCCCUGAGGUGUGGUCGCUGCCAAGCAUCAGUGCUAGGGCUGGAGCUCAGCCUGGGGGGAACGCACUGGGGACUGAGCCCCCAGGAGGGCCAGCAUGUGGAGAGUCGCCGUGGCUACUCCUUCUCACGAUAAAGCCGGGGCAGGCCCAACCCUCCCUUCCAUCCUAAGUCCUGCCGGCUGCCUCCCUCCCACUAGAGUCCACCAGAGUCACUGGGCUGCACAGGAGCAGAGGCAGAGUUCUGCAAGGUGCCUCCACUUUUCUCUCCCUUUGCCCAGCCCCCUCCAGACCUCUCAGAGAUGCUCUGCCCAGUCUCCCCAUCCCACCCAACAGCCUCAAGUUGGCCAGGCCUAUAGCGCCAGGGAGUUUUUAAAAAACAGGGUCUGACAUUGGCUGGGAACGCAAACCUAAGCUCUUCCCACACCCUUGCUAGGACCUCACUUCCCUAGACUGACUCCCUCACUGGACCCUGGGAGAAGGAGCCUAUCCCCUGGCUCACCCCAGAACCCACAGUCCCCAUCUUCCAAACAACCUCCCUCCCUUCUCCCUGAACGGGGAACAGUCCUGAUGUCUAGAUUUCACCUCCUCUUCCCACCGCUGAAGGACACAGGCCUAACAGGGCCCAACUCUUGGGUCAGGGUAGGAGGGAAGAAGCACCAGCCUGCCUGGCUGUCUUCCACUGGCCCUGCCCUGUGUGCCUGGAAUCUUUGACCCACUGAGAUGGUGGACCCGCCUCCUACACCAAGGACACCCAGCUCUGAAGGAGACAGGAGGAGCUGAUGCCCACCUGGCGCUCUCGGCUUCCUGCCCACAGUGCUGAGGAGUACAGAGCUCAAUGGAGCAGCUACUGCAGAAUCCAGUGUAGAAUCGGUCCAGGAGAGUACUGCUAUGGACAGGCCAGUCUCCACAGCAGGGUCUGGGAGGUGCCCCUUAAAAGGGGAAGGCAAACAGCCUGAGUGACGGGUGCCUGUGGCCCUGAGACUGGAUGAGGGCGAGGCUCCAGCUGGCUUCAGAGGGGUCUGGAAAGGCACACAAGUAGGGCCUUAGCUGAACUGGUGCCCCAGGACCUCAUGCCCCUGCCCUGUUGCAGAUGCACCAGCCCUCCCCACCUCCUCGCUGCCGUCACUUCCUGCUGGGAUCCUUCCCCCAUCCAGCCACAUCAAGGCUGUGAGACUAUAUGGAGCCCUGCUCCCCUGAGCAGGGGAAGAGGGGGUACCUGCCCUGUACCUUCACAGUCAGCCAGGCAUUCUGGAUUUAUCUGUGCAAAGAAGGGCUGUCAGUGCCCUCUUUCAGGGGUGGUGGCAGUUCGCUGAUGGAGCAGCCAGUGCUGGGGAGGCCAGCCUGGAAGAGAUAGCAAGUGGCUCAAGUUUGUGUGCAGGAGCCAGAGUGGGACCCACAGGCUCUUGUGGGGUAUGGUUUAGACCUAGAUGCUACUCUGGGGACAAGCCAUCCAAAAACCCCAGGCCCACAUCCACCCUGAUUUGAUAUCCUACUUCCUGACAGAUCAGAGGCUGGAGGCCCAGAAGCAGAGCCUGGGGCUGGCUCCCAGCUGCUUUGCUACUAAACCCCUCCCUAGGGCAGGCCACAGCAGCCCUCGGCUUCCUGGCGAGUCCAUGAGCCCUGCCCAGGGGCCCUGCUUGUUGGCCUGACCCCUCUCUCACCAGGCAGCCAGCCAGCCAAAGCGGCUCCUGCUUCACCCCCUCAGUCACCAGCCUCAGGCUGCCUAAGACGCCUCUGACACCAGAUUCUAAGGCUCUCCUUACAUCUGGGCAACUUCUCCAAAUGCAGCCCUCCACCAGCUAAAGGAGUGGUGGAACCCCACAGCUAGCAUGCCAUCUGCCUAACCUUGCUUCGGUCUUAGCUCCACAGUGCAGAGCGGGAGCCUAGCAGUGCUUGAUGGGGACGCCUGUUUUGAGAGUGUAUGUGGGAUAAUCUACAGUAAAAUACUUGCAAAGUG